CUAAGAUUAGAAUUAUUAGAUCUAGAAUAAUCUAGACUCUAGAAUACUCUAGAUCUAUAAGUAACCUUUAACUGUCUAUAGGAUCUAGAUCUAGAGCAGAUCUUAUGUGUCAAACAAGCUAUGGAAGAAACAAAUAAAGAUCUACACGUUAGGAAUAAAGCUUCACUGGGUAAAUUGGGCACCCAAUCAGCUCCAGGUUUUCUGUCACUUUUACAGAAGGACAAAGCCUACAGAUGGAGGGUUACACAAUCUUUUCUGCUUUCAUUAUCCAGUUUCACUUUGGGUAUUAUUAUUGGUCAACAAGGGCCUACAUUUUUAGACCUGCAGAUUAUCACAGGGACUGAUGUUGAGACUGCCUCUUCAUUUUUUACUGCGGGGUCAUUUGGUUACAUGGUUGGAUCUUUCAUCAGUGGCUUUGUACAUGGCAAGGUCAAAAACAGUGUAUUCAUGGCCAUUGUCAAUGCAGGGGCUGGAAUCAUGGCUAUCAUCACACCUUACUGUUCACCUUUUGCUCUCAUGCUAGUGAUCAAAUUUUCAACAAGCAUAUUCUGUGGAGGUAUAGAUACCAUUGUGAAUGCUGAGCAUAUACGUAUAUGGGGCAGUGAUAAUCAGCCUUUACUUCAAUUUAUACAUUUUACAUUUGCACUAGGAGGGGUUCUCACACCACUGUUUACAGAGCCCUUCCUAGCAGAGAAAGAAACAGGAAACAGUACCAUUAGAACAGAUGGUGAACCUACAAUUUUUAUGAACUCAACAAGUCAGUGGAAGCAAGAAAAUACAUCCAACAUGACAUGGUUAGCUACCAAUGGUACCAUGUUAGUAAAAGCAAGAACUACAAAUGUUCAUUAUGCAUUUCUUAUAUCUGGCAUCAUUGCUAUACUAACUUCUUUUCCAUUUAUAUAUCUAAGUAUUGUAGAAAAGUCCACAGAACACAAAUCUGAAGAGAAAUACACUCAAAAGGUUCAUAGUAGAAAACUUCCUAGACAUUUAAAUAUAUUUGUUAUCUUAGUUUUAUGUUUCUUCUUUCUAGUUUAUUGCUGUGUAGAGGAUACAUUUGCAUCAUUCCUCAUGACUUUUGUUGUUACUGAAUAUGAUGAAGUUUCUAAAUCAAAAGGUGCUUACAUAACCACUUUCUAUUGGGCCUCGUUUGCAGUGGGCAGAUUUCUCAACAUUUUUGUGUCAAAAUAUGUCAUAGCUGUGAAAUUAAUUAGUUUAUACACAUUCCUAAUGGUAAUAGCUUUUUCAUGUUUUACAAUAAGUGCUUUCUUUGCACAGAUUGAUGCAAUCACAGUUUUUGCUGGCAUGGCUGGUAUUUCCAUGUCUGCUGUUUUUGCUGCUGGUUUUGGUUGGACAGAAUCAGAACUUCUUAAAGUAACUGGUUGGGUUUCUUCUUUCAUUCUGACUGCUAAUUCUCUUGGCUUGAUGAUCAACCCACUAAUCAUUGCUUAUCUCAUGGAAGAAGUUUCUAACAUGUGGUUCUGUUAUGUUUUGUUGUUACAAACAUUUGUAGUUUGCAGUACCUUCUUAUUUCUCCUGUUAUUUAACAGAUGUUAUCUCAACAAAGUUUAUGGAAAAGUUGGAGAUAGUAAAAAUUUAGAGAUAGUUGUGGAGACUCCACUUCAAGAAACAGAAAAAUUUCUAGAGAAUGACUUAAAAACAUCAGAAAAUGUUCCAAAUAUCAAUUUAACUUUAUGAAAAUAUAUUAUGUUUUCACUUUGUUGUAAAAUAAUAAUUUACAUUUUAUUGUAAUUAUAAUAAUAUUAAUUUUUUACAAAAUAAAAAAUACUAUUCCAUUUUCCACCUGCAAUUUUUUUGGUUAUAGAUUCUAAGUUAUAGAUCAGAAUGUGAUGCAGAAUGCAUCAAGUAUAAAGAAGGAUUUAAUGUAAGACAUCUGUGGUAUUUUUUUUAGAUUAAGCAAAUAUUUUGUCUUAAUAAAGUGUAUACACAAUGCAGAAUAAUGUGCCAUUUUAAAUUCAAUAGGUUACCACAAUUUUGUGAUACUGUAUUUUAAAAAAAAUAGACUUAUGUUUUAAUAAGUUACCACAAACAUGUUUGUGAAAUAGAUUACCUUUGUAGUAAUGAUGAAGAAUGCUGAUGCUAGAGUUGGUGCUUUCUUCUGUAAGUUUUUAUUAUGAAAGUUUUAUAUAUGAAGUUUUUGUUCUCCUUUUUUAAAAAUUUGCUCAUGCCAAAGACAUUAAUUCCUUGAGCAAUAUGCUAAUUUUAUUUAUUUUGGGGUAGUUCAUUAAAAUGAAUAAACUAAUUAAAGCAGACAUUGCUUUGUUAUUUGAAUACUAAGUAAUUAUAAAUAUAUCAAAGUGUUUAUUAUGAUCAUUAAACACCACUUAAAGUUAAAAAAAAAAGGAACAAUUCUAUAAAAUUACUUUUUUUAAAAAUUCUAGUAAACAGGCAAACAAAUAAUAGUAAUUAGGUUUUUGCUCUAA